AUGACGGAACACGCUCCACUACAGCAGAAACGAUUCGCCCCAGAGACCAGUGCCGGAAUAAAUGGACUCAUUGCAGCAUGUAACAGAAACGAUCGCUUCAAGCUUCUGGAUGACGAUAGUGUUUUGCCUGGAAACUUAGAUAAUUCUGUUCAUCCUGCGUUCCAUUGGUUUGAUGGUGAAGGGCCUAUGCGGCAAAUGCUGCAGCUAGCCUCGCAUUUCAUCAGCCACGAUACUCUCCUUACGUUUUUCAUACCGCUGUUGUACGGACGCGAACUAACAGUCGCUGUCGGCCACGCACACAAGAACUAUCUUUCAGAUCCCUUGGCGAAAGCAUCCAAAGCGAAACGCGGUCAAUACCUGGCCGGAGUGCGUGAAGCAUUGCAUUGCAUCGGACACAGCGUUUCGUUCCAAUUUCAACCGCCUGCGAAGCGAGUAUAUGCCCGCACGAUGCGUGAUACUGCAAAACCGAGCCAUGCCACCUCAUGUUGUCCGGCGUUCCAGCGGCAAUAUUCUUGCAGGAUCGAAUUGGCGGAGUGCUUUCGUGAAUACUAUUCCACUGGUGUAUUGCGACGAGGCAAUUUGAACGAGCCGCAUAUCCAAAUCGAUUGUCCGGAGACAGAAUGGGGCUAUGGCUGGGAACAUUUCAUGUUUGGUAGCAUUAUGAAUCCUCAGGACAAGACAAAACCAGGCACACACCUCCUAAUGCGCAAAAUCUGGGCAGAACAAACCUUGGCCGACAAUUCUGGAGGUAAGGAGUAUUGCGAUGUCCCCAUGUCUUACAUAGCGCAAUGGUUUCGCAGAAAGACUUGGAGCGUUGUUGCGGAGCAAGGGCCAACUGCCGUCGCAGUCCCACCAAUACACUUUAAGAUCCAAUCGUCAAACCAAUAUGGAGCCUGGAUAGUGGCAAGUUACCACCCAGAAAUUAAGAAAGAUCUGGAGACCCUGCACUCGCAGUGGAAGCGGCACGCUAGAAGGUUAAACUCACAUUCCGUAUCGGCACCACCACAGGCCGCUCGUUUGCGAUGUCCGAAGAUUCUUUGGAGGCCUGUAAACAAGACACAACUGCAGGUAGAUAACGUGCCAGUUCCACGACGUCAACCGUCAAAAUUACAGCCUAGCUCGACUUGUGUGCAGAGCCUCACUCAGACCGUGCCAGUGUGCUCCAAACCAACAAAGACACUGCUGGAAACCAAAUCAGAAUCGCUUAAAGCAUGCCAUUUAACUCUCCCUAGCAGUUUCUGUAUGUCUCGAAAGCGACUCAUAGAUCUACGGCAGGAGUGCGGUCGUGUUAAAAAGGCCAGCAAGCGAUAA